ACACGGUCUCGUUGUCCGACUUCGCAUUGCUCAUAAGUAAUAUCAUAUGAGCUCUUCACACUUCUCGAAUAUCAUACAUAAAACCCUAGCGGCCACGCUCAUCGGUUUUUGAAACUAAAAGAAGAAAACAACCACGGAAAUGGAGUUUUCUCAAGAUGAUUUCGAUCGCCUGUUAGUCGCUGAACACACUCGAACAACCGCUGAAGUCACCUACGGCAAGGACCCUCUUGACGCCGAGAAUUUAACCAAAUGGGGAGGGGCUUUACUUGAAUUAGCUCAGUUUCAGACUGUUGCAGAUGCAAAGAAAAUGAUAAAUGAUGCAAUUUCGAAGUUGGAUGAGGCGUUGGGGAUAAAUCCAUCCAAGCACGAAACCUUAUGGUGCAUGGGAAACGCGCUCUCCACUACUGCAUUCAUGACUACCGAUUCUGAUGAGGCAAAAGUUUCUUUUGAUAAGGCAGCUCAGUUUUUCCAAAAAGCAGUUGAUGCGGAUCCGGGCAAUGAGCUUUAUCAGAAGUCUUUGGAAGUUGCAGCUAAGGCUCCGGAGCUACAUAUGGAUUUCCAAAAGGCUGCAGGUAGCCAACAGACUAUGGGUGGGGCAUCUUCGGCUUCUUCAACUUCAACUGCUGCCAAGAAGAAGAAGAGCAGUGAUUUGAAGUACGACAUAUUUGGAUGGGUAAUACUUGCUGUUGGAAUCGUUGCAUGGGUGGGAAUGGCGAAAUCCCACGUUCCGCCACCUCCUUCACGAUAAAGGCGUUUGCUUCAAGGUAACCACUCUGGUUAUAUUUUGUUAGAAGGUUAAAGAUUGAGCUAGUGAGAUGUAGUAAAUUGGGGCAAGUGGAUUGUUCCCACAUUUUGUUUUCCCCUGUUAUUAUAAUCUGAUUAGGGUGACCAUCUUGGUUGGACAUUGUUAUGGAUUUAGU